AUGGAUUAGAAACUUAGCGAUGCUGAAAUAGCACUUGAACAAUUCAGACUUAAGAAACUCAUCAAAACUUUGAGUCAAGAAAGAACUGCUGGCACAAGUGUUGUGUCUGUGUAUAUUCCUCCAAAAAGAAUCAUUUCAGAUAUCACGAAUAGACUCAAUACCUAAUAUGCAGAAGCAGCAUCCAUUAAGGACAAAGGAAACAGAAUAUCUGUGCAAGAAGCUAUUUAAGCAGCCAUACUAAGACUAAGACCAUACAAUAAGGCUCCAAAUAAUGGAUUAGUGGUUUUUUGUGGUAUUGUGUAAUAAGCAGAUGGCAAAGGAGAGAAGAAAAUUUCAGUUGUCAUUGAACCAUACAGACCUUUGGAUUUGUCUCUCUAUUUUUGUGAUCCCCAAUUCCACGUGGAAGAACUAAGGGCACUGCUAAACAUUGAUCCCCCCUUUGGAUUCAUCAUCAUGGAUGGUAAUGGAUCCUUGUUUGCCACAAUCCAAGGAAACAGCAAGUAAAUUAUCAAAUCCUUUGACGUUGAUUUGCCAAAGAAGCACAACAAGGGAGGUCAAUCUUCAGUCAGAUUUGCACGUCUCCGUAUGGAAAAAAGACAUAAUUACUUAAGAAAGGUAUGUGAAACAGCCACGACCUGUUUCAUUGCUGAGGACAGACCCAAUGUGAAGGGUUUGGUCUUGGCAGGUUCAGCUGAUUUCAAAAACGACUUAGCUGGAAGUCAAUUCUUUGAUAAGAGAUUAUAACCAUUGAUUAUUUCAAUUGUGGACAUCAAUUACGGUGGUGAAUAGGGAUUGAAUCAAGCAGUUUAAUUGAGUUAAGAGUCCUUGUUGGAAGUCAAAUAUAUCAGAGAAAAGAAUCUGGUAGGAUAGUUCUUUGAAAACAUCGAUAAAGAUACAGGUUUGGUGGUGUAUGGUGUUUAGGACACGAUGAGAGCUGUUGAGUCAUAGACAAUCAAAACUUUAGUCUGUGUAGACACUCUUUAGUAUUUACGUUUGGAAUGUUAGAGCAAAUAGACUGAAUAAAAAGCAAUUAAAUACGUGAAAGGAAACGAGGGAUAUGAACCAGGCAGUUUAAUUGAGGAGAAGAAUGGGGAAUAGUUUGUCAUUUCAGUAAAGGAGGAUCUGGUUGAGCAUCUGUCUGAGAAAUUUAAGGAUUAUGGAUUAGAUUUCCAAUUAAUUACAGAUCACAGUGUUGAAGGAAAUCAAUUUAUGAAAGGUUUUAGUGGAUUGGGAGGAUUUUUACGAUUCAAAAUAGACAUGGAUUAUUUGGUGUAAUAGGAAGAUUGGAAGGAUGAAGAUGAAGAUUUUAUUUGAUUAUCAUUGUAUUUUGUUAAAUAAGUUAAGAAUAUGUAUUGAGUGA